CCCACACACUCCACACAAUGCUUUGUUGUUGGUGAUCAGUACAUCUCAAGAUGAAGAAAAGCUGCUUUCUUGCUCUCUUCCUCCUGCUCACCUUUGCCUCCCAGGGCACAUGGUGUGCUGCCGAGAGAAGCCGCGGGAUGAAUGCAGCUCAUCUGAGGCCACAUCUCCAGGUGAAAGAGCAGCACGUCACCGAAGGCAAGAAGACCAUGAUUCAGGUCCCAAGGAAGCUUGGCCGAGCAGAUGACCACACACACCAUGAGGCGAAGGUUCCCAAGAGAAUGGCCAUAGCUCACAAAGGUGGCAGCACGGGUGGCGCCGCCGCCGGCGGCGGCGGAGUGGCUGAGACGCGGCCGCACAACGGGAAGAACAGCGCGGCGACGGUGCCGGCGCCGGCGAAGGCGUCCGUCCUGGCACUGGCUUUCACCUGUGCCGCUGUUCUCUCAGCUUUCAGCUUCUGAAGCUAUACUCUCUGUGUGUGUGUGUGUGUGGGGGGGGGGGGGGGGGGGGGGGGGUUCUUUUAGCAGUAUUUGUGUUUAGUGGUGUGGUAAUAACCUCUGAAUUUGUGUAUCCAGUUUGUCAGAAGUACACUGAAAUUGUUUCAUGGCUAAUGAUCAGCCUGUAUCUUGUUCUUGAUUUUA